AUGAAACAUCCACAAGUGCAACGCCAAAAUCAAAAAGAAGAAAAAGAGAGAAUAAAUCAGCUGGCUGAAAUCACAAGGCAUCCAUGGGUAACAGCUGGUGGCCGAGGCGAGUUAGAACAGGAGUUGCCAAUGAUGGAAGUCGUGCAGACGAGGGUGCUGCCCUCUGCUGAAGCUAUAGACCCAGAUGUGUUACAAGCAAUAUGCAGUUUAGGAUGCUUCAAACAGAGAGAUAAACUUAUACAAGAAUUAUUAAGUCCACAUCACAAUACAGAGAAGGUGAUAUACUUCCUGCUGUUGGAGAGAAAGAGACGGCGGCCCGCGAGAGACGACGAGCCGCGCCCCCCCGCGCCCGCUGCCCCCGCCGACCCCCCGCGCAAGCGGCUCGACACCUGCCGGGUAAACGGUCAAUCGGCCCAUUUUGGCCAGAUAAGCGAAGGUUCGCCGAUCACACCGCGAAGAUCACAGUUUAGGUAA